CGGAUUAGUUUGACAACGUUCUGCUCGUUCGUUUUCGUUAUGGAUGAGGGUGAGCGAGAGCGCGUACAGAACUGGUUGGUCGCUGAGGACAACGCACACAUUGUUCUACUCACUGUCUCUUCUUUCGCUCUCGCUGUUGCAUCCAUCCUCCUCUGGCGGGCAAAGCACGUGGAGAACAAUCCCGGGAACCACCACGGAUCCGACUCACAGCAGACUCGCUCUGCUCAAUCCAUCAUCACCGCCGCUCUCUCUACUUUUCAUAUCGCCAGUAACACUCCUGGUGAGUGUGAUAUGACCCAACAAGAACACUCGAACACUCCUAAAGCACCAUUUACAUCUGCCGACAUGGAGCAGAAAGCUUCUCGGUCCAAGGAGCGACGCAGAAGAGGAAAAGUUCCGCAUAAGGAGCUCCUCAAGGGCGGGAAGAAGGCAAAGUCUACACCCAAGAUUAUACAGUCUAAAAUGCCCCUUCACCAAGAUAACAGCGGUAGCGAUUCUCCGGUGUUCGAGUCAGAGUCCAGGUCGACCACCAGUAACGAUAAUAUCGCGCCAGUCGCGUCAUCCACUUCUCGUUUACCUUCACCCACUCAAGAUCCUCCUCAAGAGAAUUUGGUAUCACAUCUGAGCGUAGAAUCACCGCCAGCAGUUGAACCACACGAGGACCGUUUGCUACCUGCUUGCAUGUUAGCAUCCAGUUCUGAGCCAGCAUCAGUUUUGCGUCACGUCACGUCCAAUAACCCAUACAUGCAUACUUCACGCUCUGAACACACGCACCUUCAUGGCGCUGCUGACCACAUUCAACCUGUUGACAGCCCCUGUCACGACGACCCCUCCUCCAUGCUAGAAUCAUCUUCCCCGACCACUUCCACAGAAGAACACGACAGUCAUGACCGUGCAUCCUCAUUUACUUCUUGCCCCCAAUCUCGGUCUAUGCCACUCCGCGUAUCUAUGUCUACCCACACGUUGGAUUUGGACGGACAAUUACAGGCAUGCAGAGCAGGCGCUCACAUCAAGCCUCCACGAUUAAUGUCCGAGCACCGUGGAACUGACAAGUCUAAUGGUGGUUGUGUAAUUUCAGCAUCUGUCUCUCACACCACUCCCUUGGCACCGUCAUCUGCCUUUCACUGCUCUUCUCCCGCACGAAUUACAUUAUCUACCUCUGCAUCUGCAUCCAGUUCCCCGUUACACCCGAAUUUUGGAUCGAGUAUUGAACCACCGCCAUCUCCCUCCGGUUCUUCCCCUCCUUCACCAACACUUCCACAUGUCACAUUUCCUACUUUGAACCUUCUUCAGGCAUCUCCUAAUGAUCACACACACACACACUCGAGUACAGUUGAAAGUCCUAUUAUGAAUGGACAUAAAGUCGUGGGUCCGCCAAUACCAACUGCUUCGCGGGGCUCGACGCCUCCACCAGGAGUGCCUCUUCAUACUGUUCAUAUAGGUUCCCCUACUGGCCCAUUACGUGCCCAAACCCAGCUCGCGUCCAUGCGUGGUGCACUCGAGGCUGCGAGACUACGAGAAGAGAAAGCCCGUAUGGAGGCUGAACGCGUAGGGAAGGAAAAUGAAGAGCUAAAGUGGCGAUUGAAUGAAGAUACGAUGGCUUGGAGGAGAAGAGAAGCUGAACUACAAGCUCAAGUCCAUCACCUCAUGCAGCAGCUUCAGGCAGCAUACUCUGUUUUUGCAACCUUGCAAUCCCAGGCUCAGGCUCAAGCUCAAGCUCAAUCUCCCUCAUCGUCUUACUCCUCUCCCACCUCACCAUCCCCACGCCUGCAACCUCACAGCCCCAAUAUCUCUCACAACGGCCUACCAUUAAAUUUUAACCACAAUCCACCCGCACACGUUCAAGCACUCCUUGCUUCAUCCUACCAUCCAUACCCUGGCUUUCCAGGUACUUAUGGAGGUGCAGGGAUGACGCCUUUCUUCUCCGGUCUGAGAAUGACCAUGAAUUCGGGAAGCAGCGUGAGGAACGGCGGCGGCAUAGGUCAAUAUACCCCUGAUACAAUUUCCUCGGCAGGGUCAUCGCCAUCGCGUGGGAGGCAACGACGGCGCAAUUCGGCAUCUUCGUCUGCUCAAGAAAAUAAUAGUGAAAACAUGGGCAUGAGCGAAGCAGAGGAGGACCAAGAGGAUAUGUGGCAGAAUAGUAUAUUGGCCGAUGCGAUUUUGAAGCGCCCUGAAAGCCUGCGUGUGCCAAGCCGAGGGAGUCUUCGAUCUGAUGGACGCAUGAGCGCUAUAGGCAGCGGGACGAGCGGGAAAGAGGACGCAGAGCGUGUGCCUAGCAGGAUGAGCGAGAGAUCAGAUGCCUCUGCGAGCGGAGGCAGUUACGGUGCGCUGAGUAUGUCGAGUUUGUCAUCGGGUAAGAGCGAGGACGAGACUAGUGGCGUUAUCGCAGAGCGCGAUUCCAUUCUGGCAGAGGUGACCGGGGUUACCAAUAAUGGCGGCGAGGGAACGUCAGGUCCUGACUUACCUACACAAGAUGCAUUGUUCUGGAACCUAUCAACUCCUGCCCCUGCCAGAGACGUUCAAUGACCAUCAGAGGUCGGAUUUUGAGUUAUGGUAUAUUGCAUUCCCCCUCUGCACCCCCACGUUUUCUUCCACCACUUUCGUUACUUUUAUACGAUACGAUCGAUCCAUAGGGACUUGGAAUUUGGAUGUCGAGUCUGUAUAAUAACGUAUUUUAUUGUCUUAAUACACGCUGCAUGGCUCAGCCUUCGGUUGCGUCUGAAACUGCUUGAA